AUGUUCGCUGAUUCUCUAUCGCGGAUGGAUAAUCUGAAUUCACCGGAGACUUCCUGUCCGAAUCUAGACGAAAGCACGCUUCCUAACUCGGAGCCAGAUACCGCGAUAGCGUCGCCCAUACCUGUCUUCGCGCCUGGUUUCGAUAAGGGCCUUUUAUGCUAUCCGACGCCGCCUUCUUUUGACGUUGAAGAACUUAGUGUGAGGCAGCAACCUAUUCCCCUGGAAUUUAGACGGCUCUCGGAUACUCAAGCAGAAAGCAUGAAUGAGCCCAUCAGCACCCGAGAGGACCAUCCAGUCGGCAUUCUCGACACUAGCGCCGAUUCCCUCUUCGCGAAGGAUCUUGAUCAAAUACUACGUCCACUGUUUGACUAUUGGGAUUCCUAUAAGUCACUUGAACUGCCGGCUCUGGGACUUCCAGUACAAUGGAGAGGCAUAGACGCAGCUGCGGACUACCUUCGAAUGCUUGAUUACGAGCAGAAAUCACCUUAUUUGAACCCCAUCGCAAAGCGUAUCGGGCAGGUAUUACUAUACUUCAAUUACGAGGAGCUUUGCAGACACCCAAACAGGCACCUUUCCUGUUCCUCGUCAAAGGCCAAUACAACUCAAGUGCUGAAUAGUAUCCUCGCUGCUUAUUGGGACGAUCCCCGCUAUUCGAAAUCACUGCAGUGCCGGCGCGAUAGGGUAACAGGCUACCAUGUUCGCCGCGGCAGAUGGUGGUGGAGGCUUGCAGGUACUCUAGGAGUCGGCAUACUUUUGCUGGGCAAUACUUCUUUGGUUGACGUCAUGUGCAACAAGUCGUUCACUAAUCCUCAGAUUCAAGCUUUCGUCGCUUUCUCUCAGAAAACACGCCCGGGGACUGUGCGUACAUUCGAAGCGUCAGAGUCUAUAGUAAAAUCUCUUAUGUUUGGACAAGUGACGGACGAUCUUCAUGAACUUCUCUUCAACAAUGAUGCCGGUCUCCUCCGGCCAGCAGAACUAGUGCGCAUUCAGAAUGAGGACGAACAAGCAUUAAAAGUUCAACUUUCCCAGGAUUUCUGGGAAGCAGUGGACGCCGAAAAGUAUGCAAUGCGCAAAAUGACGAAUCUUCUCGGCUGGGAUUCCGACAACGUAGCACUAAUGUGA